AUGUCCCCAACCGGAAUUUCUGGCACACAGUCACCCGCUAUGCAGGACUGCGAGCCCAUGGGCGCAUCCUCUAUCCGAGGCGGCAAUGCGGGAGGAGUACCAGACAGCCAACAACGCGCACAAUAUUUUGAGGACACCGAAGCUGCCCCCCAUCCAACAAUGGCUGCGCCAACGGCAUCUGCUGCUGUACGCAAUUUGCCUCGAGAUGUGUUGCCCGCCCAGUCGCGGCCAACAGCCCUCAUGGAGACAGCCCCAACCUCCUCCGAUGCCGUCCGCAACAUAGACCCUGAAGCCGUCAAAUCGGCUCAGCGUUCGUCCAAACAGAAGGCCGGCAACCCCUUCGAAAAUGCCCCCACUACGUCUCCCGCGAUGAAGGAUAUGAGCAAAGAUGAUAUGGACUCGAUCAUGCGCACCUAA